GCAAUUUUGCCUCGUGAAUUCGAGCAUUCGAAAUGCUUUCAUGGAAAUGUACCUUUGCAUAGUUCACGUUGAUUCACGUGUAUUGUUAUUUGACUGAACUACCGAUAACCUCAAUGCUCAGGCAUGUUUACAUCUUUGCACUGAUAUCAGUACUCGAUUUAUGAUUUUGACACAAGUCUUGCAAAUUUUUUCCAGAAUUUAUGAGAGAAACGAUUAUCUGAGGACGUAGCAAGUACAUACAUCAAAGCUGCGACAAGAUGACAAACACCGGAGGUAAAGUAGUCGCCAAUUUGCGACAAAAGUUUGUGUCUCAAAAUGCAAUACGAUGGUUCCCUGGGCAUAUGACAAAGGGCUUGAAACAAAUGCAGCAACGAUUAAAACAUGUCGAUUGCAUCCUAGAGGUUCACGACGCACGGAUACCAAUUUCCGGACGUUAUGCCGAUUUUAGCAGGACUUUGACAGGCUUGAAACCGCAUAUAUUUGUAUUAAGCAAAAAGGAUUUAGCGGAUAGAAAAUAUUCGAAAAGUAUAGUCUCUACAUUGAAUAGAGAGGGCUUAUCCAAUAUAAUAUUUACAAAUCUCAAGGAUGAGCAGUGUAAAAACAUGAAGAAAAUCUUACCCUUAGCCAAGAAAUUAAUAUCUAAUUCAUCGCGUUAUAACAGAGCGCAGGAAGAGUCUUACUGUAUGAUGGUUAUUGGUGUACCCAAUGUUGGAAAGUCUUCUCUAAUCAAUCGUUUAAGAAGCAAUCAUCUUAACAUGGCCAGAGCUACCCACGUUGGCGCAGAACCUGGCAUCACACGUUCCGUAUUGACUCGUAUAAAGAUAUCGGAAGAUCCAACAGUAUUUCUGUUUGAUACACCAGCAAAAAUGUUUGCGAGAGUAACGUUCUAUCCAACUUUGUUUUACAACAUCGUUAUGGAAAAGAUAACAACUCGAAAUUGGUACGAUAGGAUAGAUGAAACUGUUAUACUGGGCGCUUUACCAUUCCGGCGGAUGACAAAGCAGUUAAUUGAUGAUGAAAAUAUUAAGGCUGUUGUAUCUAUGAAUGAAGAUUAUGAGUUGUCUCUAUUAUCUAACACAGAGAAGGAAUGGCACAGACAUAAUGUAGAAUUCCUGCAGUUGUCUACAACAGAUAUCUUUCACGCCCCUUCUCAGGAAAAACUGCAGGAUGGUGUAAAUUUUAUUAAUAAAUUCCGUACUGCACCAUCUAGAAAACUGGGUAAUCCACCAGAUACUAUUAAGGGAAGCAAUCAACCUGGUACAGUUUAUGUUCAUUGUAAAGCAGGAAGAACAAGAAGCGCAACAUUGGUUGGAUGCUAUUUAAUAAUUAAAAAUAAUUGGUCACCUGAAGAAGCAGUAAAUUAUAUGCGAACAAAAAGACCACAUAUACUGCUCCAUACAGCUCAAUGGUCUGCGUUAAGACAAUUUUAUGCAGAACAUAUACAAUAUAAGUAAUAAAUUAAAAGUUAUAUACAUAUAUUUUUUUAUUAUAUUAUUUAUAUGAAUGGAUAUGUGCUGUACAAAUAGGUAAAUAAUUUUUGAAAAUUUAUUGUUAGAUAUGAUGUAUAUCAUAUAUUCUAUUAUGCUGUAUAUCAUGUAUUCUUCUAACUCGAACAUAGCAAAAUAAGAAUGAAAAGAUAAUCUAUCAUAAAUAUGAACUUAUUACACAAUCACAUUUCUUAAUUA